AUGCGAAAGUUGGGCAUUCAGGUGUGGCCAUCGCCUGACGUAAUGGAGUUCAUGGGUGCCAAAGACGCACUGUGCAAGGUGGCCACGCUGAACAUCGGCUUGGAGGAUACGCUUGCCUAUUAUUCGCCUGAAGACUUUGCAGCAGGCUUCAAGAAGACAAUGGCUUUCCAACCCCGCGUCAUCAAGCAGAACCGUGGCUCAUCGGGCGAAGGCAUUUGGAUUAUCAAGUUAAAGGCAGGAAACUAUUGCAAAACCUAUGGUGAGAGGUCUUGCACAGAUGAUGAAGUUCUGGAUUUGAUGGAGGCCAACGACAACCAUGCAGAAGAGCACACCGUUGCCGAGUUCAUCGAGUUCUGUGUGAGUGGUCGCACAUCCAAGUCUGGAACUUGGACCUCCAAGGGUGUUGGAAAAUACUUGGAGGGUGGCAAGGCCGCCGGGGGCCAGCUUGUAGAUCAGCGUUUCUGUCCGCGGAUUGUGGAGGGCGAGCUGCGCUACAACAUGGUGGGCGAUGCUCUAGUGGGCAUCAUCCACAAGAAGCCCAAGGAGGGUGGGAUUUCGGCUGUGGGUGGUACAGGGUCUAUCUACACCUUCUAUGGUCCGGAAGAACCCAAGUUCAAGAGUCUGACGGAGAAUUUCCUGAAGCGCGACUUGGAGAAGUGGAUUGUGGGAGAGUUCAACUGCUCCUGCGUUGGCAUCUCCAAAUGCCUGGCAGCAUACUGCAAGGACGACACGCCAAAUGCUUGCUUUGAUGACAUCUCGCCUGAAGACUUGAAGGAAGCAGAGCGAUAUGGGGCUCUGAUGGGACAGAAG